UUUCAGCGGUCUGUGUGAGUCGUGUGAGUCUUUGUUAUAAGUGAUUUAUUUUCAGAAUAUUUCCCUCUUUCCCAUCCACAGGAGCAAGGUGCAAAUGGGGACAGGGAGAGGUUGUGCCACAGUGUAAUGAGGAGCUCUGAAUAUGGACGUCAUCAGGAUUGAGGAGACACAGAUUCAACGGACACAAGAUGAGGCAUCAGGUGUGGAGGAGAUCUGACGAGGUGUGUGGGCCUGUAUCGUGACACAGAGUGGGAGAUGAGGACCGUACUUUCCGUGUGCGGAGGUGGUGAUGGAGAGGAGUGCCGCAGCCUCCGCAGCAAGGUGGGCAGAAUGAAGAAGCUACUUUGGCUGCGGCCCAGUCAGUGCGUGGACGUCCACACAGACACGGAGCCUGGCGUGUGGCUGACGAGCUUCCAGCUUUUGGACACUGACGGACAGUGUGAGGACCCAGUGCAAGAGUGGGGAGAGGAGGAGGAGAACGGGGCUGUGUUUGGCGUCACGCUGCGCAGAGAGCCGGUCUUGCAGAGCUCGGACACAGUAGACAGCCCAACAGCCUUCAGCUUUGUCCAGUACCACACGGUAAAAGUGCGCAGGUUGAAGGCCGGCCCCCUGGACCGUCUCGUCACCCACCUGCUGACCCCUGAGCCGGACGAGCCCAACUUCAGCCACAUCUUCCUCUCCACCUACAGGGCCUUCACAUCCACCGACACCCUCAUCGAGAUGCUGUUUCAGAGAGAUGAGUCAAUCACCAACCUGGAUAAGACUGUGUGCACACGCAGUACCUUACCUCCAGUGAUCAGGCUGUGGCUGGAGGAGUACAGUGCAGACUUUCAUGAGCCCCCUCAGUACCAGGCUCUCCGGCUGUUGUGUGCCCAACUGCGGCGGCGUCUCUGUUUCAGACGAUUGGCACACACCGCUGAGACCCUCCUCAAGAGGCUCCAGGAACAAGAUUGCAGCCAGUCUGCGUCAGUGCACCACAAUGAGUCAUCGAAACAGCAGCACAGUAAUCUGGAGGACGGAAUUGAGACGUGCAUGAAGGAAGAAAACAAAUACAACUUUAUGUUCUUCACUGAGAGAGAAGUGGCAGAGCAGCUGACCAGAUUGGACGCUGAAUUGCUCGUCAGAGUUGUUCCUUUCCACUGCCUGGGCUGCAUCUGGUCCCAGCGUGACAAGAAGGAAAAUAGGAACAUUGCACCCACCGUCCGCGCCACCAUCUCUCAGUUCAACGCUGUGACCAACCGUGUCAUCACCUCACUCCUCUGCCCGUCCACUCCCAGUCCUUCCACUUCCUCACCCAUCUCAUCACCAGGCUCUUCCUCUACCUUCCUGUACCCCUCCGCUUCCCCGAGCUCACCUCGCCGUGCUCACACCAACCCCACCCUCAGAGCACACAUCAUCGAGUGGUGGAUUGCUAUCGCUCAGGAGUGUAGACGGCUAAAGAAUUUCUCCUCCUUGAGGGCGAUCCUUUCAGCCCUGCAGUCCAAUGCUGUGUAUCGCCUCAAGAAAACCUGGGCUGCUGUCUGCAGGGAGAGCAUGGACACCUUUGACCACUUGUGCGAUGCUUUCCUCGAUGAAAACUGUGUGCUAACCAGCAAAGACAUCCUGGUGGAGGAUGAGAGUCACCCAGAUGACAGUAGCACCCCAGGCUCCAAGUCAAGUGUCUGCUCAGUGUCCAGACAGAUGAACGUAGACAGUGGAGUUGUGCCGUACCUUGGCACUUACCUGACUGUCCUCACCAUGCUGGAUACAGCACUGCCUGACACUGUGGAGGGUGGACUCAUCAACUUUGAGAAACGCAGACGGGAGUUUGAGAUUCUUUUCCAAAUUCGGCAGUUUCAGGCUUCCUGUUCCCACUACAAGCUCCCAGUCAACACUUGUAUCACCAACUGGCUUCGAGCACACACACUGCUCACAGAUCAAGAGAGCUAUGAGCUGUCUCAAGACCUGGAGUCUCCAGUCGACCCCUGUCCCAGCUCUCCCAGCUCCUGGAGCAGCCGACUACGGAACAAGAAACUCACCUCGUUGCGAACAUCAAAUGACUGCACUCUCAGGAAGACCCACGCUGACCAGAUCAGUGUGUCAUCUUCAGGCUCCAGCAGUUCAGAGUUUGACGAUCUCUCCGUCCCCCAGCCCUCCCCUCUCAGACUCAAACUAAAGUCCUUCUCAGGCUCUCUUCACAACGUUGCAGAGGAUUUCUCCUGCACCUCCAUGUCGUCCUCCUCCUCUCCCAGUCUGUCCAGCUCGUCUUGUAGCUCAUCACAUCCAGACCUCAGCUCUUCUUCUCUUGUCCUGAACGAGUCAUCAGCAUCAAGCUCUCCUCCAGCUGCUCUGCCUGUCUACAACAAGCAGGUUGCUGACUCAUGUAUCAUCAGGGUCAGUGUGGACUGCGUCAUCAAUGGAAACGUCUACAAGAGCAUACUGCUGACCAGUCAGGACCACACGCCUCAGGCGAUUCAGAGGGCUCUUGAAAAACACAACAUGGAGGAUGUCAGCUGCCGGGAUUUUAGCCUCUGUCAGAUGCUCAACAAUGGAAAAGAGCUCCUGAUCCCUGACAAUGCCAACGUUUAUUAUGCAAUGAGCACCUCUGCAAACUAUGACUUUGUGUUACGACCACGCUGGAGGAAACACUUUGGCUCCUCUUCCAGUCCUGGGGCUCAGCACAGGAGUCGAUAUAUCAAGUGAAAAGCAUCCGACCUGGCUUUUAGUCAGGAUUUAUAUCAAGAAGAUGGAGGAGCUGCUCAACUGCGACAGCGGCCAAAAAACUUAUCUGUGGCCUUUUGCAACUACUCAUCACCAUGAGAAUAUCACUGUGCUGCAAGUAUGAGCUGCCCGCCACUGCACCAUGCCUGAAAAUGUGGAAUUAAGGUGCUCUCUGCAAGAUGUUUAUCUUCACCAGGAACAACCCUUAGACAUUUUAUACCAGGAGUUAGUCUGGCAUGAAUAAGGAGAGGUGCAAUGAGAGGAAAGUUGCCAAGGAUGCAGAAAAAGAGACGUCAAGAAAAAGCAGAGAAACACUACAGGACUUUGGAUAUGAUAUAUUCUCACUCUUUAAUGUGUUAUUAAAUAACACCAUCUUUUGGAUAUGUGAACCAAAAUCAACUAAAGACCCAUUUCCUUCCAUACACUUCUGUAUUUUGGACAAAUUGAGAUCACAUUAUGGAUAAUUUCUCACCAUAAACUGAACGGCACUUUAUGUUUUCUCUGCUGCUAAACAAUGAAGAUGAGACUUAGCUGAACAAAAUCAGUCCAGCUAACAGACUGGCUGCGGUUCAUGUUCUGGGAAUGGUUACAUCAGGAAUGACUAACGUCUCUAACCACACACAGCCAGUGACUAAGGAGGGAGACGUACUGUUUGUUGAUGACUAAGCAUUUUCCAGUGGACCGGAGUUGGAUGUGACAUUAGUCAGGAUUUGAGUCGUGCUGGGCAUGAGAAGAAUGAUGCAGUGUUUGAAACACUGUUAAUCCUGACAUGAGAUCGUAUUUUUCUGGCAAGUUUGUUAUAUAGAUUCUGUCGUCUGCUAGUUUAAGAUGUAAAUGUUUGAAUUUAACUUAAAUUGUAUUAAUUUAAAUAACUAUUGCGUUUCAGUAUUCAAUUUUUAACGCUAAAGUAGCAUGUUAAUAUUAUAUUUUUUUGUUUGUUUUGUUUGGGUUUAUGUUGGAUCCUUUCUUUAGUCUUUAAUGCUGAAUACUUUUCUUUGGUGUCUAAUAAGCUCACAGUGAAGGAAGAGUUUUUACUUUCUGUUGUUAUGAAAUUAAGGAUAUAUUGUAUGUGAGCAAACAGUGCACUUGAUACAAAUGUUAAUACUCAGUGGUCUUGCCCCCUCUAAUUCAUUUUGACAACUGAGGAGUGGAGAGCUGUCCUUCUGAUAGCUCUUUUGUUUUGCUGGUUUGAGUUUGUUAUCGAGGUCAACUAAAGACCGACAGCCCUUUUUACAGUGCUUUGUAGCUUUUUAGAUGACAUUGUCAAAGAGAUUAAUCUGAAAAGUGUUUUUUUUAUUUUUAAUUUGGUCAAAUGGAAUUGUUCCAGUAUGUGAAUUUUAUUUUUUUACAUAAGAUCAGCUCAGCAUUACAAAUCCCUUCCCAAAAAGCUUUUAAUGCAGCAGAAUUAAAUGUGAAAACUGGUUACAACAUGGAAUACAAUUCUAUUUGUUUUCAGUGUUUGGACGAUGCCCACAGGGACAAUCAUAUCCCUGUUAGAAAAUGUUUUUAAAUGACUUUAACAAAUGAGCCUUACACGUUGAUCAAGAAGCCAUCCAGUUCUGUGCAGGGUUGUUCAUCUGAGAGCAAACCUCAGGUUAGAGGACGGUAACAAAGGGCUAGCAGCUACAAAAUAAAGUAUGAAGGACUUUUUAGCAUGACUUCUGUUAUGUCUGUCAGCUGUAUUACACUACAUUAAGUCAUUCACUAUGCUUUGAAAUGUAGUAGUAAGGUUCUCAACAUUACACGCUUUGCCUGUAAGAAAUGUAUUUCAACAGAAUUUGUAUUUUUUAAAGUUAAAUCUAAGCACUUAAUAUUUAUAAUUACUAUUAAAUAUCCACAAAUAAAGCCAAUUUAACAUCUA